AUGCUUUAUUUUUGGCGAUCGGAUCCUUAUUUAGCCUAUAGGGUUACUUGAUUGUUUAGUGGUUGCGCGAAGCUAGGAGCCCCGAUCAAAUGGACACCCUAGUCCUCACCUUCCCAAACCCUAGUCCUCGAUCGCCCUAAGUCCUAUAAGCAUAACUCCAUCGGCUUAAACAACUCGUCAAGUCUCUCUCACUGCCACUCGAGUCGUCUGCCCUAAACCCGUGCCAGAGAAAUGGUUGAUGUUGCUGAAGAGGGAUUAGAGAAGUCCCUCGAAGGAGAAGACGAACCGAACUUGGACUCAUGCGGGGGCUGUAGGUGUGGCUGUUGCUGGUCACUACUAUGGUCGUCAUCAGACUCAGACACCCAACAAGAUGUUGACUCUUUUGAUUCCGAGGAGGACGAUGAUGAAGCCCUUAAAGCGUGUUUUCCAAUCAACUAUGCUAGCCAGCGCCCCAAUGCUCAUGGAGGCCUACACUCUCGCCCUAAUAACUCCAACCUUCGUCAUUUCUCUAACCUCGUCAGACUUUCGCCUCUAGAGGAGUGGGAAGGCAGGUUGAAUAUAGACAUGUCCAACUAUUCAUAAGUCAUAACUUCCAUUGGCAGCAGCAUUAGGGUUAAAGAUAAAGCCGGUCGUGCCACUUUUGGCAAGGGUUUUGAUCUUACAACAUCUUUGGCCAUGCGGAAACUGCACAAUCGCGGUGAAUAUGAGUUUAUCCAUGGCUGCAUUUCUACGGGGAAAGAUGCAAAUGUUUAUUAUGCAACAAGAUCUGAUGGCCAACAAGAUGUGUAUUACCCAACAAGAUCUGGUGACCAGGACCUGGCUAUCAAAGUGUACAAAACAUCUGUUAUGGGUUUUAAGCACAGAGGUGGAUAUGUACAAGGGGACUACCGAUUCAGACAUGAAUACAGUGGGCACAAUCCCAGGAAACAGGUGAGCAAAUGGGUUGAGAAAGAGUGGAGGAAUCUGAAGAGGAUAAAGGAAGCUGGAAUCAGAUGCCCAACUGCAUAUGACUUUGGACCUAUUGUUCUGGUCAUGGAAUUCAUAGGGAAGGCAGGUUGUGCAGCACCUCGUUUGAAGGAUGCCACAUUGUCAUUACACGAGCUACGAGAAGGAUAUAGGGAGUUGAUUAUUUCUAUGCGAAUGCUAUAUCAGAAGGCCAAACUGGUGCAUGCAGACCUCAGCGAAUACAACGUACUUUAUUUUGAAGGCCAUUUGUACAUGAUUGAUGUUUCUCAAGCAGUUGAGCUAAACGACCCUAGUGCGAAUGGAUUUCUAUGUAAAGAUUGUCUCUAUGUCUCUGAUUUCUUUAAAAAACAUGGAGCAGCUGUUAUGACAACACGGGAGCUCUUUGAUUUUAUUGUUGAUCCAUGUAUUUCGGAUGACAUGGUGGACAGUUAUCUGAAUAUGGUCCAAUAUAAAGUUGUGGCCAGGGGAUCUAUAUCUGCAGAGGAUGAAAUUGCAGACUCUGUGUUUGUGCAGUCAUUUAUUGCAAGUAGUUUAGAAAAUUUGAAGAAUGUUGAGGCGGAUGCAAUACAGAUAACUAGUGAUAAGGACACUGAAGAGAUGGACUAUAAAACUAUUACUGCACUGGAGCAGGCACUUUCUAGAGUCCAACUAGCUCCACUUGAGACCAAUUCUGAUGAAGAAAACUCAAGCGAUUUAGAUUCCUCAUCUGGAAUCAAGGCACAGAACAAGAAGGUUGCGAGAAAAUAUUUCAAGAAGAAAGUCAAAGAAGUGAAGAUAGAAUCUCGGAAACAUGAAUUGCAAAAGCGCCCAAAGGCUGUAAAGAAAAGAAAGAAGAAGCUGUCGGAACCUUGCAGGACCAGGUAGCUUCUUCUGAUGGCGAGGCUUCCAAGACUUGGGUAUAAGCUUGCUAAACCAACUUGGCUCAAGUUCUUGUUUUUGUUUUUGGGAAGAACUGCUUAGCGCACAGACAAU